AUGAUCGAGGUUGUACUCAACGAUCGUCUGGGGAAGAAAGUAAGGGUUAAGUGCAACGAAGAUGACACAAUUGGUGAUCUGAAGAAGCUUGUCGCGGCCCAAACUGGUACGCGAGCCGAGAAAAUUUGAAUUCAGAAGUGGUACAACAUCUAUAAGGAUCAUAUCACUCUCAAGGACUAUGAGAUUCACGAUGGGAUGGGUCUCGAGCUUUACUAUAAUUAG